AUGGGAACUUUUGGGUACCUUGCUCCAGAGUAUGCGUCAAGUGGCAAGUUGACUGAGAGAUCUGAUGUAUUCUCAUUUGGUGUUGUCCUCUUGGAGCUUAUUACUGGUAGAAAGCCUGUCGAUGCAUCGAAGCCAUUGGGUGAUGAGAGCCUUGUUGAGUGGGCUAGGCCAUUGCUCACACAAGCGCUUGAAACUGGCAAUGCUGGGGAGCUGGUGGACGCCCGACUUAAUAAGAAUUAUAAUGAAGUUGAAAUGUUCCGUAUGAUUGAAGCUGCUGCGGCUUGUAUUCGACAUUCAGCAUCCAGGAGACCGAGGAUGAGUCAGGUUGUGCGAGUGCUUGAUAGUCUCGCUGACGUUGAUCUAACUAACGGCGUUCAGCCAGGCAAGAGUGAGAUGUUCAAUGUUGCGAACACGGCCGAGAUCAGGCUGUUCCAGCAGAUGGCGUUUGGCAGCCAAGAUUUCACGACCGAUUUCAGCCAGUCCAGCUGGAACAGCCAGAGCAGAGGUCUUGAUGCCUCUGGUUCGAGGCCAUUGUAA